CCUCAAUCCCUACUAAGCUCGGUGGAUAGCCAUGGCUUGUUCUCAAUGCCAAACAACAAUUUUCGGAAACCAUAAAAGCUGGGGUUCCCACGAUUUAUCCAAUUCUGACUGCGUCUUUUGUUCACAACUUAGAGCGGAUGUUGAGCCUGUUCGAAAACUAGUUGAUGAAAGUGCGUCCAAAGCUCCCCUAUAUUGGUGGAAACUCCGUCGCCCAGCGCGCAUAAGGGAAAGCCCCGAAUCUUAUAGCUUGAUCUUUACGCCAAAUUCAGAGGGCUACCUAGCGCUUCGCUCUGUGCCAAAAAGGACCUUUCAUCUUCUUGAGCAAGACACCGUCCGUAUAGCAACGAAGCUCGCUGACAGAACGGACUCGGAUACUACUGUGUCUCAAAUGAAAUCAUGGCUGAACCUAUGUAAAGGGUCCGGGCAUGCGCAGUGCCCACACCCAAAAAGACCAACCUGGAUACCAAAGCGUUUGAUCGAUAUUGGCGCAACAAGCACGGAUCGAAUACUUGUCAUAGAAUCAGCUACACUAUCUAAUCCAGUGGAUGGAUACAUGACAUUGAGUCAUUGUUGGGGUGACCCCAAAGUCUCCCCGUUGAACAUAAGGCUGACGGUAGUUGAUAAUGCCACGUUUGGGAAUCCUGAACUAGGGAUAGAUUGGUCAGAACUGCCUCAGAAUUUCAAAGAUUCUAUAACCAUCGCGCGUGAGCUCAAAGUACGGUAUAUCUGGAUAGACGCUUUGUGUAUUAUUCAGGACAACGAUGAAUUCCAUCAAGAGGGCCAGUUGAUGCAUCUGGUCUACCGCAACUCCCUCUGCACCUUAGCUGCAGCAUCUAGCGAUGAUAGUCGAGGCGGUCUCUUCCGAGACAGGAACAACCGAGAGUUGAUUCCUAACGUACUUGAGACUUCGGCCAGUUCUAAGUUUGGGAAGCGUUCUUGGGUCAUUCUUCCUUCAGCACUAUGGCAUGAUCAACUGCUAAGUCAGCCACUUUACAAGCGCGGAUGGGUCUUUCAAGAAAGGAUGCUGUCCCCAAGAAUUUUGCAUUUCGGCUCUACACAAGUCUUCUGGGAUUGUGCUAGCAUUAGCGCCUGCGAAACGCUUCCGGAUGGUUUGCCCGCCCCUCUGGAUGUAGAUGCUGCCUUCGAACGCCAUUGGAGGGAACGACUUCAGAUAUCUCAAGAUAAUAAGACAUUGAGCGGAGCUGCAGAUGAUUCUCUCGAGGCAUUUUGGAAGCGCGCCGUGCGGACAUAUACUGCAAGUAAUCUCACCCGCAACAUAGAUCGUAUGCCUGCCGUGUGGUCCGUGGCCAAACUUGUGCGUGAUGAAUUGCGUCGACAAUACCAGAAGCGGGAAGAUUACGGGGCUGGUCUCUGGUCGUCUCGUUUAUACGAGCAGCUAGCUUGGAAGGUUGUGAACCCAAGCAAGGCGAGCAGGCCAGUGGACCUUUCUCAGUAUCCUACCUGGACUUGGGCAUCAUUGAUGGGUGAAGUUGAAUUACAAGAUAGGUUUACCGAUCCAAACCAAUUUUGGGGAGUUACCAACCAUGAAGGAGGUGAAGUCUCCUUCGAGCUGAUGGAGGUACCAGAAAAUUUGUUGAAAGAUGUACCACAUGGAGGCAACGAUCUACAACAAGAAUUGAGAACGAACGCCUUGGCAAUUAGAGGAAAACUCAGAUCUGUAGCGCUUACAAAGAGGGAGAAAUCUGAGAAGUCCCAACAGCAAAAUAAAGUUACCCCAGACGCCGAUACGUUUACUUUGCAAGUCAUUGGGAGGCUCACGACCAUCUCACUCACCUAUAACAACUUUGAAGUCUUCCCAGACUCGCAUUCGCCAUCUCUGGAAGACUACAAAGAGGCAUACCUACUUAUUUUGACGGCCAGCAGGAUUGAAUCUUCUGAUUCACAUGCUAAAAACCAAAACUCUUCUGUUGCUGGCAGACUUUCUGGUGUGUCCUCACAGACCAUGCAAAUCCCGAUGAUAUAUGGAACAGGACUCAUCUUAGAGAGGGUCGCAUGGGUGCCGAAGAAAGAUGAGGUUAAUUGCCACUUUCAACGUAUCGCCGCUUGCAACUUCAAAGGAUUGACAUUUUCCGACUUCAAACGACUGAAUGCUCAAAAAGGCAAAAAAGACAACUUGUGGCUGCUGUAGGAAAUCGGUAUUACUUCCUGAGCGAUCGUUCACAAUGCUGCAGGUGCCGCAACUUCACAUUGGGAGAGAAAAGUAUAUGGACGCACUAUUGGAUGUGGGUCAAAGUCCCGAGUGGUGGCUGAACAUUCGUACAGCAUUUUCAUAACAUAUCCGAAUAAUGAAGCGCCGUAUCAACUCCACCCGUGACCGAGCUUCCCCCGUGAUUCACUCCUGGACAUAUUUGAGGUUCACUUUGACAGCACAAAGCUUACAUGGCGCGCUGAGCUACAGCCGCACACAGUACUA